ACCAUCUGCAGUCGCUCAGAAACAGCUUUCACAGCCAAGAGAACCAUGUCCUUCUUCAAGAAGUUCUUCAACGAUAUCAUCCGUAAAACCGACCCCGAAGACGACUCCGUCAAAGUGAAACGUCGCGAGAAGCCUAAGUUCUACGGGACGGUCUCCCCGUAUCCGAACUUCAGCGCCAGCCAAGAUGCCGCCACUUUACAGAGCGCCAUUGACAGCCGAGACGUGGACGAGGACGUGAUCAUCGCGAUCCUGGUGAAGAGGAGCAACGAGCAGAGGCAGAAGAUCAAAGUGGUCUACGAGGCGUCCACCGGGCAGAGGCUGGACGAAGCUCUGAAGUCUGUUCUCAGAUCAGAUCUGGAGGACAUCUCUCUGGCCCUGCUCAUGGACUCGGUCCACUACGACGCCCACCUGCUCAGGAAGGCCACGAAGGGUUUCGGCACACACGAAGACAUCCUGGUGGAGAUUCUGGCUACGAGAUCAAACCAAGAGAUUCGAGAGAUUAAGAUGGCCUUCAAAGAAGAGUACCGGACGGAGCUGGAGGAAGUCAUUAAGGAUGAAACCAGCGGGGACUUCACCACGGCUCUUCUGGCCAUGUUGAAGGCAAACAAAGACGAGAGCAAAGAGGUCGACAGCCAUCGGGCCCGGCAGGACGCGGAGGUUCUGUUCGAGGCCGGUGAGAACAGCAGAGGGAUCGACAUCUCGGUCUUCAUCGACAUCCUGACCACCAGGAACUCGCUGCAGCUCUCAAAGACAUUCCAGCACUACGCCACCGUCAGUGACGUCACGUUGCCCAAAGCUCUGGACAUGGAGCUGAAGGGAGACAUCGAGGACUGUCUGGUGGACAUCGUGAAAAGUUCCUGGAGCAAGCCGGCUUUCUUCGCAGAGAAGCUCCAUCUGGCCAUGAAGGGUUACGGCACAUGUGACGACACGCUGAUCCGGGUGCUGGUGAGCCGCUCUGAGGUGGACCUGAAGAAGAUCGUGCAGGAGUACCGGGCCAUGUACGACGCCAGCCUCCAGGAGGACAUCCUGGAAGACACUAAAGGACACUACGAGGCCAUCCUGCUCGGCCUGUGUGGACCUCACUGACACUUUGACUCGUCGAGGAGCGGAAGAUUCGAUUAAACUGGAAUCUCACAUCUUUUUAAAUGAUUAUGAAUAACGUGUGUUAUUAAUUUAGUUAAUGUGAUCCAAUCAAUGAUAAAAAUAAUAAUAAAAAAACAUCUCAUACCUUU